CUGCUCUGCUUGAUAAGAGAAUUCUUGUCCGGUUGUACUUGGGCACUGUGGCGAUGUGAAGUUGCAUCUCAGACAACUGCGGCGUCUAACACCAUGGGCAACUCCAUCUCUUACACCACGUCCGAAUGCGAAGCUGUCCUACAAGACAAUUCUGGAGCAAUCAAAGGUCUCCAAUUCGAUGUCAAGUCUCGCAGAUUCGCAGGCGUUCCUUAUGCCAAGCCGCCCGUUGGUGAUUUGAGAUGGCGUAGACCCCAGCCUCUCUCCGACUCUCACAGCUAUUCCUCGCCUGAUGGCACUCCCUACGAUGCUACUGCAUUUGGCCCGGUAUGUCCCCAGGCCAACUACUCCAAAACGGUCAGCGAACAUAUCCCCAUUCACACCUACGACGAAGACUGUCUCCGUCUGAACAUCUGGACUCCCGUUCCCGACCCCAAGACCCCCCCGAAGUGGCCAGUCGUCAUUUGGUUCCAUGGCGGAUGGUUCCAGGUAGGCGACCCUAGCCAGGAAGAAAGCAUGGAUCCCACAGAGCUCAUCUCCACUGGAAAUUUGCAAGCCAUCUUCAUCGCCGUCGGCUACCGACUCAAUGUCUUUGGCUUUCUGGCCGGCCGCGCACUCCGCGACGAAUCCAACGGGACGGCAGUCGGCAACUAUGGCCUCUGGGAUCAACAUCUCGCCAUGGAUUGGAUAUACCAAAACAUUGAGUCCUUCGGCGGCGACCGUGAUAAUAUUGUGUUGGCAGGGCGCAGUGCAGGCGCCUACUCGGUGCUCGCCCAGACACUGUACGAUUUCCGGACCGAGAAACCAACCAACCGAUUUCGCCGUUUAAUCAUGUAUUCGAAUGCGAUUCCUACUCAGCCCAAGACGACAGAGGAUUGUGAGCCUCAAUUCGAAGAGCUCUGCAAUUAUUUUGAGGUACCGUCGACCUUGGAUGGGGCCGAGAAGCUACGGAUUCUGCGAGAGAUCAGCGCGAAAGAUCUCUGCUCAGGCAUUAUGAAUCUCAAGAACCAUACUUUCCGCCCCGUGACAGAUGAUCUGUUCAUUCACUCUGGGAUUUUCGACUACUAUCGCGACGGAUCGUUCGCGGCUGAGUUCAAGAAGCGCAAACUGCGACUCUACAUUGGCGAGGUACUCGAUGAAAACACUCUGUACGCUGUUACGAAUGGCCCAGAUGCCAAUCUCCCAUCGCUGCAGCUGCAAAUAUCCAACUAUUAUCCACCCGCAACGACCACGCGCCUUCUGCAACACUACGGACUGCCUAAUUCUCAAGACAAGAAGGACUGGGAGAAGUUGUUUGGCCAGAUUGUUGCUGAUGGUCAGGUGAGGGCUCCGUCACGCUAUCUGGUCAGCAACCUGCUGGAAAAUGGGGUUGAGAUCAAUCAUGUCUGGCGCUACCUUAUCGCAUAUCGCCUGUCUUUUAUCACGAACCAGAUUGCUCCGGCCUCAUUCGGCGUGAGCCAUGCCAUGGACCGACCUAUCUGGAACUACUCAAUUACUCACGGCCCCACACCAGAGGAGCGCCAACUGAUGGACAACUGGAUUCGUGACCUCCGGGCAUUUGUGCACAACGAGGAGGAUUAUGUAUAUGGCACGACCGAGCCGGCUGAGUAUAAGGUCAUGACUCCAGAGGGGAAUAUCGAGGUUAAAAACGACCCUCGAUGGGGAGAACUCUUGCAAGUGAUGAGCAUAUUUUCAGGCCACCGUAAGGGUUCGAGCUUGUAAUAAGUAAUAUACAAUUAUAUAGAGGGGAUAUUAAUACUUACCUUAAUGACAACAACAGACCAACUACUUCCAUAAAUAUAUUCUCUGACUGGGAAUGAGUCAAUGUAGCAGUGCAAUUCGAUUGAGUGAACUUGCAUUCUAGAGUACUGUCUCAAGUAAAUGUUACUAUUCUACUAUUGAGUCGAUGCAGCUCCUUGCAACUCGUUCCCUU